AAAAACACAGCAGUGUUUGUAUUUGCCCAACUUGACCUUUCAUCGGGAUUGUUUUGAUCCUUGCCAGGGCGUCGUCACUCGGAUAACCACCAGAAAGUGCUAGAACAAACUAUACUUUGAUAGCUUGCUUCAGUCCGAUUUAAGACAUGAAGAAAUACCGAGAGCUAUGGAGAGUAGAUACUGUGUUUUGAGCGAUACCGAAGACUUCCAAACGCUAAUAACAAACACUGAGAACAAUCUCCACUUCGAAAGGUCUAAGACACUGUUUGAGGAAAUCCGUGCCUCCAUCAACAACAAUGAGGAAGAGGAUCGCUCCUUCUGGAGGCCUGUGCUGCCUUGGGGGGGCGUCUUUACUAUUAAAGCAGGGCGAAAGGCUAUAUCCUGCACCCCUCUGUACGUCAAAAUCAACCUCAAAAACACCUGCACCAUCGAUGGCUUCCUCGUGAUCCUGUAUGUGAUCCUGCGGGACAACGAGGGCUUUCCCAGGGAGCUGGCUGUGUUCCUGGGCAAGCAGUUUGUGGAGUACUUCCUCAACCUGAUGGACUCCUGUGACUACACCACAGUGAAAGUGCUGUGGAUCUUUGACAGGAUGUCUAAAAGACAGUACCGCUCUCAGGUGCACCAGGCAGCACUGGAGAUUGACCUGUUUGGGAAUGAGCACGAGAACUUCACAGAGAACCUGGAGAACCUCAUGUCCACCAUGCAGGAGAGCCUGUGCACCAACUGGAGCUGCCCCAGCCGCUUCCAGGAGUUCAUCAAGGUGACCAUCAACAUCAGCCCUCCUCAUGAGCUUCCUCACAGAGACCCCAUCCAGUCGGCCGUGGACGAGUUCUUCUGCCCCAAACUCCUGCUCUGCUCAGAACUGGGGUGUGAUGGACUGAGGGAGUUCUCUCAGAGGGUUUUCUGCCAUGGACCCCCACCCUUUGUCAUUCUCAACAUGCAGCAGUGGAAGUCAGAGGAGCUGUCCUAUGUGCCAUACCAUCUAGCUCUCUGCCAGCACAGGUACUUACUAGAGGGCGCCACACUCUUCAACAAGGAGGAGCAUCACUACUCCGCAGCCUUCCAGAUAGACGGCUGCUGGAUGCACUACGACGGUCUGAGGAGCGACAACCUCAUCCUGCUGCACCGGCCCCCUGAGCUCCUGCUGCUCUCCUCUCUGGUCUACAUCCGCUCCUCCGACAAGUGAACUUAUCACACAAACUUCCUACAAAUAUGUUUUAUACGUUUUAUUAGUUCUUUUUUUAGUCAUUCCUGUCAGCUUCCUUCAUUUGAGCUGACUGCUUGCAGAAAUCUUAAUUUGCUAAAUUUCUUUUGGGCAUGCUUGGUAUCCAAGAAUAUAAUGGACUAUAAUAGUUCUGGGUUGAUAUGCCUAAAUGACAGUAGCAGUGAGUAAUACGUAUUCAGUUACCCGACAAACGAGGGAGAUUGAUGUGUUAAAAAAACGCCAUGGUUAAUGGAUUACACUCUGAGGGUGCAGUUGCUAUUGUAUAGCAAUAGGGGACGACAGUUAAUGUAUAUCUAAUUUCUAUCAAAAUUGCAAGUUGACAAUUUUGCUGGUGCCUUUUUCUAUUUACACCAUGGUCUGAGGAUAAAAACCAACCAAACAAGGCUAUUGUCCCUGUCCAGGUUUACUCUUUUUUUUAAAGAUGUCUUAAAUUGGAGGCAGGCAUUCCAUGCAAUGAGUGAGUGUUAAAAUACAAAUAUCUUCAUUUAUGUAUGAAGGAUGAGGGCAGUCUGAAGUAUCUUUUUUCUGUCACUACAACAAAGGAAACAUGCAUAUUUACACGUUUAAAAAACCUUAAAGGAGCCCUAUUAUCCUCAUUUUCAGCUUCAUAUUUGUAUUUUGUGCCUCUAUUGUGGCAUCUGUACAUGCUUUAAUGUACAAAAAGGUCUUUAUUGUUCUCAUACUGCAGCACCUCUUUUCACCCUCUGUUUGAAACCAGAGCCCAGUCUGCUCACAUUUGUGAUGUCACUAUGUUACAAGGUAAACAAAGGAUAACACACUACAGGAAAGAAGCAUAAUAGGGCCUCUUUAAGGAAUACUUGGCAUUACACAGUGCCUCUGCCAAAGAAAGUUCUGGAAGUGAUGCAUCAGGCAUUGAUUAGCCAAUUUUCUUUCUAUGCAGAAUAAAAAUAUUUUGGAGUA